AGCAUGCCGCGCCCCAAGAUGGGACAAAACGGUCACCAUGGUCACCAGAAUGGGCAUUCUAACGGCGCGAUUAGGGAACCCCUCGCGGGUCAGGACGGGAGGUCGCACGGCGCGUCGCACGCCCCCCGGCACAGUUCAUACCCCCGAAAAUCACGGGAGAGGGGGGAUGGAGUCGCCAAACGUAGCGACCGUGCCGAGGUUCUCGACGAGGAGGACCGCGAUUUCAUGCGCAAGAUCUCGAGCCUGAAAAAGAUCACGAUCCGGCUCGGCUCCGCGCUUGGUCUGGUGGUCGCCAUCGCGUCGUUCUACGGGGCGGUCAUCUCGGGGUUCGAGGGGUGGAAGUUUGAGAAGGCGCUCUUCCUGGCGUUCACGGUGCUGAGCACCAUCGGCUACGGCAACUACGCGCCGGAUAGCGAAGGGGCGCGGGUUUUCCUGGCGAUAUUUACGCUUCCGGGCGUGGUGAUCUUCGCGUACGCGCUCGCGCAGCUCGCGCUGGUCAUCAUCGGCAUCAUCAAGAGCCUCAGGCGGUGGCUCGGGCUCGUUCAGGAGGUCAAGCCCCCGCACAUCGGCUCGCGGGCCAAGGUCCUCGCGGACACGCUGAGAGAGUGCGACAAAGACGGAGACGGGACCAUCACGCUGGAGGAGAUUGAGAGCUCUACUGGGAAGAUAUGUGCCAUGCUCGGGAUGGACGUGAGCAAGCAGACGUUCAAGGCGCAGGAGGAGGCCAGGGCAUUCAUCGAGAAUGCAUUCAACGAGGCCGACUUCGACGGCAGUGGCGAUUUGGACAUGCUCGAGGCCAUGUGCAUGCUCUGCGACCUGGUGAAGAUGCGGGAGAUACAACAGAAGGAGCAGAACCAGCGGGACCAGAUCAAGGGCGCCAUUUACUCCCUGAUACCGCUCAUCGUCAUCGGCGCACUCGUGUUUUGGUCCUCGCAGGAGUCGUGGUCCGCGCUCGACGCCUUUUACUUCACCAUCAUCUCCGUGUCAACCGUGGGUCUCGGAGACCUGACGCCCUCGGAGGGCGGGGUUAAGGUUUUCUGGUACGUGUUCAUGACCCUCACGCUCGGCCUGAUGGCCAGCAUCAUCCAGACGCUGGGUUCGCUGCUGGGUUCGAUCUCCGCCAGGGAGAACAUCGCGGGCAAUUCGGGGGACGGCAAGCGCGACAACGACGCAUCCGUCAGGAGCGGCAGGAGGAGCAGGGAGGAGGUGCGGGUGGACAUGGAAGGGGAUACCCCGGAGUACAUCCUGAGGUUGUGAGAGAGCCCGACUCACGGCGGUUCGCCGCUGGUGUUUAUUAUUAUCGCGAAUGUCAAGACUAGUACAUCGAGGUCGAGCGU